AUGAUCAAAUUAUUUCCAACCCUCUGUGCCAUUGGGUUCAUCCUCUGCUUACUCUCCAUUGGUUAUUAUGGUGAAGAGCAAUUCUUUGGCAGACGUGGACGUCGAUGUCCUCGUCUUGCAACUCCCAUGGCAAACUUUUCCUUGUCCCAAUUUGAAGGAGAAUGGUUUGAAAUUGCAAGAUUACCUAAUCGAUUUGAAAGAGGUAUUUGUCAAUCCGUCUCGUUCUCACAAAUCCAACAAGAAAAUUCCACCAAAGUGAAGGUCGCCAUUGUUGCCAAGGAAUAUCGAAAUGGAGAACUUGUCUCGAGUAAUUCAACAGCCAAAGUGAAAUCCUCUAAUAAUGCCAAAUGGGUGGUCAAGACCAAAGUAACAAGGAGAUUCUUUCAUAGACACAUUACUUAUACCAUCAAAACUCCAAUAUCCAUUUUAGAUACUGAUUACUCGAAUUAUGCCGUAUUGUGGUCAUGUAAAAAUCGCCGUAGACGUCGUCGUGGUUGUCAUGGUCGUCGUCGCAAGAGACGUCAUUGUAGACGUCGAAGACGCUACAGAGAUGAUGACGAUGAUGACAAUCAAUCCAGAAAACGAAGAAGAAGAAGACAUCGUUGGUUCUCCAAAAGAAGAUAUGCUUGGAUUUUGGGUAGACAAAAGACGCUUUCAGAUCAGAGUUUAACGGAAAUUCUUAACAAAUUGAAAGCAAUGGGCAUCAAGACAAGAAGAUUCAAGUUUGCAACUCAAGAAUACUGUACCGUUCGUCCCAGCGACAAUGAUUAA